AAAAUGGAAUUUUGAAUAAUGGAGGCUGCUAGAUGUUGGGUGUUUAGAUUUUUCCACCAAUUUAGAAGCUUUUCUGGGUUGCGGAAAAUCAAAGCAUGGAGGUGGAAGUUCAUGGUGAAGAUGGUUCCAAAUUCGCACUGGGAAGGGAUCAGAAAACAGUGUUUGGACGAGGCUGCGGAUUCAGCACCCACGACCGCACAGUGUCUCGUCGCCACGUGUCCUUCGAACUCGACCAUUCACACUCAGAGGAUGCUAAUGCUAGGGUUUCUUUCCAAGUCAUGGGGAAGAACCCCUUUUGGGUGUACGACGGAGAAGCGCUUCGGCUCUUCAGAAAGUUCGACAAGGGUCACCUGCAACUCGGACACCGUUUCUGCUUCUCUCCCAACACACCCCUCUGGUUCACUCUUACUAAUAUUCAGCCUCUGCCUCAACUUAACCUUGAUGAAAUUCACGUUUCGGAAAUCGAUCCCGUUAAAGAGUUUGGUUUUCUUGUGAUGGGGCAUGAGUUUGACCACUAUCCCAAGGGGAUGAUCCGGAAUGCAAAGAAUUGGGACUGGUUCCUUGAGGAACGUAGGAAGGAUAGUGAGGAUGAGGAAGAUGUUGAGAAGCAGAGGAGGAAAAUGAGGGGAAAGCGAAAAAUGGGCAAGGUUAAUGAAGAUGAUGAGUGGACCGGUGAAAGUGAAGAUGAUAAGGGCCUUGUUGCCAAUAUGCGGAAAGGUAAGCUGCCCAGGUACUCCACAAGGUCAAAAGACAGUAAAGGAGGUAUCAAAGAUACCAAAGCUAGUAAAAAUUCUAAACAAAAGAAAGCGACUAGUGGUGAUGAAACUGGUGAAGAAGAAGAUGAUGAUGAUGAUGAUGAGACACUGGGAGGCUUCAUUGUUGCUGAUGAAGGUGAUGAUAAGGAAGAGGAAAAUGAUGAUGAAGAAGAGGAAGAGUUUGAAGAUGAUGAUGAUGAAUUGGAUGAUUAAUGCCAAGUCUCAAUGGAGCAAAUCCACACCGUAACAUGUAACCCUUCUCUGUCUCUGACAUCAUCAAACCAGGAGCUAUGACAGUAAAACAUCCCUGAAGGACGACAAUUUGAGCUUCCAAGAAGCCAUUCGAUUGUGGCCAAAUCCACAACAACACCAAAGCUGCCCUGAAGAGAGUUUACUUCAGUAAGUGUAUUCGUGCAGUCAUGCAGGUGCAUCUUCACAAGCAUUUCUUGGCAUGUUAGGUUCAGCCAAGCUUGAGAUUUUGAUAGCACAAGUGGAAGAGGGUAUCAAAAGCAAGAGGAACGUGACUGCGUUCAUGUACCUCCAAAUGUACAAACAAAUCCAAACACUGUAAGAAGGAGAAGAACAUAGGGUUUUCUAUUUUUCUAUUUUAAUAUAUUGAAAUUGCAGGGGUAUGGGUCAAUAUGUAAUGACAGGUAAAAAAAAAAGCUGCACCCUUUUGAGUUUAGUGCAUUGUA